GGCUGAACCAGGGCUUUCACAAGGGAGGGUCAGUGGGAGUGUUAAUGGAGAAUUACUCAAUAAAACAUGCAACAAGCUCAACAGUCAUCAGCACAAAGUUCAGUGACCAAGUGGUGCAAGAGAAGGAGGGUGUACGAUUUCAGAGAGGUUAAGUGGAGUAAGGAGCAGCACUUCAGGAUCACAACGACCACUAUACGGAUUAUAUUCAAACACGGCUGAGUUGCUCUCAGAUGGAUUAUGCUAUGAAUACCCUCAGCCUUCUUACUCCAUCUACCCUCACCAAGUGUGUGACAGCCAGCGUCUCAGCCAGUGCUUCCAUGACCCAGCAGCUCCUGUCGGGUCGAGUGGCUCGGCCGAAGCCCUUCAGGGUCACAAAUGCUGACCGCAGUGUAAAGAAGGGCAUCAUGGCGGAAACGCUAGAAGACCUGAUGAACAAGGUCAGUGACUCGUUGAGUGUACCGUGUAUCAUGGCCCUGGUGCUGGAUGAAGAUGGCACAGGAGUGGACACAGAGGAGUUCUUCGAGACGCUGCCUGAAAACGCUGUCCUCAUGGUGCUGGAGAAGGGCCAGAGCUGGACCCUACAUCUGAACUACAGAGAUCAGUUCUUUGAGUGCAGGCCACUGCACCGGAAAGAUGUGGCCAAGCUGACUUUUGACCUAUACAAAAACAACCCCAAGGAUUUUAUUGGCUGUCUGAAUGUGAAAGCAACCCUGUAUGGUGUUUAUUCUGUGUCCUAUGACCUGCGCUGUUAUGCUGCCAAAAGCAUGCUGAAGGAGGCUCUGCGAUGGACCAUCUUCUCCAUGCAAGCCACAGGCCACAUCCUGCUGGGUUCCUCCUGCUACAUUGAGCAGCUGCUGGAGGAUGAUGAGCGAGCAGAGAAGAGACUGGCGCUGCCACAGGAAGGAAAGAUCAGGCAGCUGCAGAGCAUGCUGCUUGGAAAGAUAUCCUACUGAUGAUGGACUAGAGCUGACGAUGGUGGAGCAAAUACAUUGCCCACUCUUAGAUUUAGGACACAAUGUCAAUAAUCACAGAUGACACUGGGAGUUUCUACAUGUUCAUGUCACGGUUUCCUGUGCAGUUUGCGAACAUUUCAGACAUUGCAACUGUCUCAAAGUCACUUUGUUACAUUCUGUUGCCCUAUUUUGAAGCUGAUACCACAAGUUAUUCUUCAGAAAGCCCUUUUACUCACUAUUGUAACUUUUUCCUAUGGAGAUGAAUAAAUAAAAAACUUUUUUUUUUUUUUUUUUAUAAACACUUUUAUUUUCCUGUUUAUGAAAGUCCAUUUAAGUCUUUAUACAGUAGGUUUACAAGUGGACUUAUAUGUGCAGAGUGAGCCCAUUAACUGGCUUUGUGUGUGGGACUGUGGUUCCUGGUCAAAAUCAAUGUAAUUGGUAACGGGUCCAGCUGUCUCUCCCACGCUUCCCUAAUUGUCCCCUGGCCUGCACUGCCCUGUCAGCUGCAGCCUGCCUCUGCCUUAGAAAAUCCGAGGAAGAGAAUGAAAGAAGAGCAAGCAGCUGCAGGGGGCGAGGG